UAGACCUGCUCAUUCUCCAGCCAUACGAUAAUAAAACACUACAUCUUCUUCCUACAAAACAAUAAUAUGAAUAGAGCACUGCCGGAGAUGAUAAACUGCCCAGCAAAUCUCUCAGCUCACACCACCACUGUUGACAUGAGCGUCCUAGACAGACAGAGAGCUCGACUCAAAUGGCAGAAAGACCACCACCACCAACAACAACAACUUAAUAAUAAUGAUCACUAUCAUCUUUACAAUGACGACCAAUUUGGCAUCUUCUCAACAAGUCCAACCCCAUCUCACCACCACCACCAGCAACUUCAGGACCUACUAAACACUCCUACCGGUUUCAAGACUCAGCCAAUUAAGCCCGACCCAGCCAAUUUGGACAUCAGCUGGCCUGAUCUAGGGAUGUUCGGUUCUGGGACAGGGAUGAUUGACAUGAAUUAUGGUAUCAACUCUACCACGUUGAGCUGCCCAUUAGCCAUGCCGCCCAAUGAGGAAACAACCAUUGAUGCCAAGAAGUUGACUCUCGCCGGUAGGAAGAGAAGACCUGUUAGCAAUGUCCUUAAGGUGUUAGUGGAAGAGGACUGCAGUAAAGAUAAGGAUAAGGAUAAGAAGAAGAUUAAAACAUCUUCUUCAGAAGGAGAGUCCAAAAUAACAGAUCAAAACAGUGAUGAUAUUGGUGACACCAAUGGCAACAAGAAGAAGCUUAAGAAGAAGAAUAACAAAGAAACAUCUGCUGCUGCUGCUGCUGCUGCUGAUAAAUCCAAGGCCUCCUCCUCAGAUUACAUUCAUGUUCGAGCACGUCGCGGUCAGGCCACAGACAGCCAUAGCCUGGCUGAGAGAGUUAGAAGGGAGAAGAUCAGUGAGAGAAUGAGAUAUCUUCAAGACUUAGUGCCAGGGUGCAAUAAGAUCACAGGAAAAGCUGGAAUGCUCGAUGAAAUCAUAAAUUAUGUACAAUCACUUCAACGACAAGUUGAGUUUUUAUCAAUGAAACUAGCUUCUGUGAAUCCUAGCCUGGAUUUCAACAUCGACAGCUUCUUUCCAAAAGAGGUAUUUUCAAGCUACCCAGCAUUCGAAAUGACUCCAGAAAUUGCUAAUCACAAUUAUGUCCAAUCCAAUCCUACACAAAUGGUCUCAACUAGCAGUUGUAUGGACAUGGGAAUACUUAACCCACUUGAUAUUGGAUUGAGAAGAACGAUAAACACUCCUCCUGUAUCAGUUCAAGAAACAAUUCUUGAUUCAUCAUUUUUCAAUAACACCAUCCCUCUCCAGUUAUCCGAAUGGGAUGCUAGUUUACACAACAUUUAUGCCAUGGAGUUUCUACAGGGAAGAACGACAACCACACCAAUGUUUCCAUGCCAACAAUUCACAGGUCUCAGUGAAGCAAGUAUGAAGAUAGAGAGAUGUGACAAUUAAUCAAUGGACCAGAACUAUUUUUAAAGCACCUUCUAGCAUUAAUCUUUUGUUCUUGUUGAGCGAGUACAUAAAAAUGUAUAGUUGUAUUUACACUAUUAUCUAGAGAAAGAAGUAUUAGAAUGA